GCGCGGGCGCUUGGCCGGGAAGGGUGUAAUCCUUGGAGGCUUGAGUAGCGCACAGUCGGUGUGGUUGUGGCCCCUGCAGUGUCCCGGAACCUGCGUGUGGAUGAGCCUCUCACGCUUGGAGCGAGCUGGAGUUGACGCAGCUCCGCCUUUGGGAACAUGAAUCUCUUACCUAAAAGCUCCAAGGAGUUUGGCUCCGUGGACUAUUGGGAGAAAUUCUUCCAGGUGCGAGGGAAAAAAGCUUUCGAGUGGUAUGGGACCUACCUGGAACUGUGCGGGCUGCUGCACAAAUAUAUCAAGCCUAGGGAGAAGGUGCUAGUGAUUGGGUGCGGCAACUCAGAACUGAGUGAGCAGCUGUAUGAUGUGGGCUAUCAGGAUAUAGUGAACAUCGACAUCAGUGAGGUCGUCAUCAAACAAAUGAAGGAGCACAAUGCCAGCCGCCGGUCCCAGAUGCGCUUCCUCAAGAUGGACAUGAUGCAGAUGGAAUUUCCUGAUGCCUCCUUCCAGGUGGUGCUGGACAAGGGCACCCUGGACGCUGUCCUGACAGACGAGGAGGAAAGGACCCUGCAGCAGGUGGACAGGAUGCUGGCCGAGGUUGGCCGUGUCCUGCAGGUGGGCGGUCGCUACCUCUGCAUCUCCCUGGCCCAGGCUCACGUCCUGAAGAAAGCAGUGGGUCACUUCUCCCGGGCGGGGUGGAUGGUGAGGGUGCACCAGGUGGCCAGCUGCCAGGACCAGGUGAUGGAAGCAGAACAUCGGUUCUCCCUUCCUGUCUUUGCCUUCAUCAUGACCAAGGUCAGACCGGUUGCUGGCUCUGCCCUGCAGAUCUUUGAGCUGUGUGCUCAGGAGCAGGGCAAGCCCGUGCGGCUGGACAGUGCCGAGCGGCUGGCUGAGGCGGUGCUGGAACGGCAGCAGUACGCCUGGCUGUGCAGCCAGCUCCGCCGCAAGGCUGGGCUGGGCAGUGUGUCCCUGGACUUGUGCGAUGGGGACACUGGGGAGCCCCGCUACACCCUCCACGUGGUGGACAGCCCCACUGUGAAACCAUCGAGGGACAAUCAUUUUGCCAUUUUCAUCAUUCCCCAGGGCAGGGAGACCGAGUGGCUCUUCGGCAUGGAGGAGGGCCGGAAGCAGCUGGCGGCCAGCGCAGGCUUCAGGAGGCUGAUCACCGUGGCCCUGCACCGAGGGCAGCAGUACGCCGGCAUGGACAGCAUCCAGGCCGAGCUGUCGGCCAGAGUCAUGGAGCUGGCCCCGCUGGGGCUGACUGCCCAGCAGCAGGUGCCUUUUCUGUCUGUGGGUGGGGACAUUGGCAUCCGGACCGUUCAGCACCGAGACUGCAGCCCCUUGAGUGGUGACUACGUCAUCGAGGACGUGCAGGGCGAUGACAGGCACUUCUUUCGGCGGCUGAUCUUCCUCAACAACAGGAACGUGGUGCAGUCAGAGGCCAGGCUCCUGAGGGACAUGUCUCACAGAGCCCAGAAGAAACGCAAGAAGGAUCGGAAGAAGCAGCGGCCAGCUGACACUCCAGAUGCUGUCUCUGCAGCCCCGGGGAAGUCCAUUGACCGGGAUUACCUGUGCUGCGAGCACCACAAAGCCAUGAUUGCUGGCCUUGCCUUGCUGAGGAACCCAGAGCUGCUCCUAGAGACCCCGCUGGCGGUGCUGGUGGUUGGCCUGGGUGGGGGCAGCCUCCCCCUCUUUGUCCACGAUCAUUUCCCGAAGUCCUGCGUCCAUGCUGUGGAGAUUGACCCCUCCAUGUUGGAAGUGGCCACCCAGUGGUUCGGCUUCGCCCAGAGUGACCGGAUGAAGGUCCACAUUGCAGAUGGCUUGGACUAUGUCACCGCACUGGCACAAGGAGGAGAAGCACAGCCUCCCUAUGAUGUUGUCAUGUUUGAUGUGGACAGUAAGGACCCGACCCUGGGAAUGAGCUGUCCACCCCCAGCCUUUGUCGAACCAGCUUUCCUGCAGAAUGUCAGGAGCAUCUUGACUCCUGGAGGUGUCUUCAUCCUCAACCUCGUGUGCCGAGACCUGAAGCUAAAGGACUCCGUUCUUGCUGGGCUCAAGGCGGUCUUCCCCCUCCUCUACAUCCGGCGAAUCGAGGGUGAAGUCAACGAGAUCCUCUUCUGUCAGCUGUGCCCCGAGCAGAAGCUUGCUACCCCGGAGCUCCUGGCAAUGGCCCAGGCCUUGGAGCGGACCCUGAGGAGGCCUGCGCAGGGUUGGGAUGACACCUAUGUCCUCUCAGAAAUGCUCAAGACGGUGAAGAUUGUGUGAUCGCUGCGGAGGCCGCGAGCCCUCUCAGCUCCCUGCCAGACUGACCUUGUGCUCCCUGUGUGCCAGAAUGCAGAAAUGCACUGCCCGGUGCUUACUAAGCCUUGCAGUUUUACUAGUUUCAUACUGAGCUGCAGGUAACCUCCCGCUUUUUUGAGGUGCCUGAAGAUCUGGGGAAAUAAAAGGCUUUCCCAGGCUGACCCUCUUCAUA